AUGUCGUCGAGCCUCUCUUGGCAGUGUCUUGAAGCAGGAUGCUCUGUGCCUGAUGCGCGGUCUGGCUGGGCACCGGUUCACAGCGUGAGCCUCUCUCUGAACCCUUGUACUGGCCCUGGCGCCCAAUAUUUGUCAACGGGAGACGGUGUUGGUCCAGCCCUCUGUGUUUCGGGAGUUGCCAAACGAGCAGAGGGAGGAGGGAGGCGAAGGAGGCGAAGAGAGCACACGCCAAGACGGUCACACGCUGUAGAGCUUGGCGAUGCUUCAAGACUGGAGAAUGCACUGGCACCGUUGCUGGCCUCGAAGCAGGCAGUCUGGCGCACAUCCGUCUUGGCUUAA